AUCCAUGCAAGGCCAAAUGUAAGAGCAAGAACAUUGACUCAGUGCGGUGGAGAAAGAGGGACCAGUUGGGACGAUUGACUAUUGAGAAUCGAACUCCCUCAAGAGUCACAUCUGAAUGUCGAAUGAGGUCGACACGACCUCAAUAUGAAAAUUCAUCAGAAGACAUUGCUGAAACAACAGAUGGCACUUCACCUCGACGGUUUGAGGAGACACUUCAAUUGAUUGACAAAAAUAUUCAAGAACUCAAGGAGAGCUUAGACAGCCCAGACAUUUAUCCAUCAGAAACUUCCAACAUACGGACCUGGGGUUUGCGGCAUGAACUAUGUGACGAAAAGUGGCAAAAAUCAAGACCACAUCUUUUACAAGCCAUGUUAACAAGCGGAAGGACACCUCAACAAGCUUGCCAACAGUGUAAUGUGGAAGAGGCUGUAAUUCGAUGCAGAGACUGCCUCCCCAAAGAACUGUAUUGCAGUAACUGUGAUGUGUCAGUGCAUCACCAGUAUGUUCUACACAACAGGGAGUCAUUUGUGGGAGGCUUUUACAAAGCCAUGUCACCGAAAUGCAUCGUUACAAAAGACAGCAGUGGUGAACAUGUAGUGAGUGAGCAAGAUUGUCUCCUACCGAUCGCUUUGCCCAAAAAGAUUUGCUGUUGUGGUGCUGAGGAUGUUUCGGUGAAUGCUGGUCGUGCCGUUAUCUUCAUAAAUAUUAAUGGUCGCUAUGAUCUCUCUCUUCCUUUGGUAACCUGUAAGUCUUGCCUAAAAUCGUGGACACCUGAGGUCAAAGACCUUAUAUUAAAUGGGUACUGGCCUGGAACCAUUGAGUUUCAGACGAUUUACACUGUCGACCUGUUUAAUACCUUUGAAGACUUUAAAGUCACGGCACCUGGCCUAUCCAGACAGGCCUUUGUGAGAAUGCUGCUGAGCCGCUCAAUGCGUUCUGGCAGAGUUGGUACAAUAUCAGUGGACUGUUUUCAGCGCAGUUUUCUGGAAUGGACGUACUGUAGACAUGAGAUGGAAACACUUCUUGGAGAUGACCAUUUCUCCUGUCCAGCUUGCAGUCAGGAUAUGGUGGCAGUGUCUCUUGAUGGGAACAGGAAAAUGUACAGGUUUAAUCGCAACGGGAUAAAUGAAAAUCCAUAUUUUGACGGAACCUUCUUUGCCAAAAAUGAAGAGGUUGCAGAGUUUUUGCAAACUAUUAGAGACAAAAUCAAACCUUCACCAGGCCGACCCAUUUGUGGAAACUCGCACUUUAAAGCUGGCAGUGAGUCUAACAAGAAGUCUCAAUCCAAACUUGAUGAAGAGGGUGUGAUGAUUUCAGUCUGUAGACACUGCAUUCUUUUGAAUGGACUACAGAUGUACCGUGGAGAAGUGUUUGCAUACCCUCUUUAUCUUCAAAAAGAGCUUGGCAAGACACGAAAGAUUGAGUUUGUCUGCACUGAUGUAAUGUGCAAAUAUUACCCAUACUUAAAAAGAGUGUGUGAGGCCUUUCCUGAUCUAGAGUAUCUUUUGCAAAUGCGACCAUUCUUAUCGGUUAUGCAUGCAAAAGGUCAUUCAACCAAAUGUGAGGUGGAGUGGGGUGGCCGCAACCAAGAGGGAGCUGGUUUGACUGUUGGGGAGGAAGUGGAAGCAGUCAAUUCAUUUAUGUCACGUGCUGCAUUGACAACAAAAUAUAUGACCAAAUCUGCACGCACAGAUAUGAUCACUAUCCAUGUUCGUGGAUGGAACCUAAGGAAAAAGUUAAAUCUUCACAAUUAUCUUGCUCAAAGAUAUGUUAAGACAUUACAGAGAACAGCUGAGGUGGCAGGGGAGAUUGAGAUGACCAAAUCCCACCUGAACAAAACAAGUGAAGAUCUUCAGCAGUGGGUCACAGAUGUUCAAUUGUGGGCAGCAUCAACUCCUAGUACCAUCAGUUCGCAUGAUCCACUGGGGCUGCAGCGUCUAAUGGAAGGCUUGGUCCUUAAAAUCCACCAAAAGAAAAUGGAGUUGUACAGAGAGACAGACAGCAACAAAGACAGGCAACGCAAGCGAUCUGCCAUUGCUAAAGAGAAGAGCAAACUAGAAGAGGCCAUAACAUCAUACAAUGCUCUGGUCUCAAAUGCAGAGGCUGUGGAUCCAGCAGACACCCUUUUAGCACAAGACUUUUCAAUUUGGCCUUGGGAAACAGAAUCCACUGUGCCCUUGAGACAAAAGAAGAUUGUGUUUGACAAGAUAAUGCUGUUGUCUCGUUUAAAAGAAGAAAAGACUAUUCUCAUUAAAGAGAUGAAACAACACUGGGAGUUACUGGCUGGUGUCUCCAAGACAUUAGGUGAUGAUAUAAAGUUGGUCAGAGGUGACUUGAAAGAAGGGAUCUGUCCUACUAACAUGUCUGUGGAGGCAUACGAGGGACUGUGCUGCAUUAUGUUGGCAAGAUUGAGUGACGUACAACAUCAAAUGAGUGAGGUGAAGUCAAAAUAUAGGCAGAUUGUGGUGGAUCCAAGUGUUCUCUCAAUUGAUGAGGAAGAUGGAGAAGCAGUUUGUGAGGAAUUUCCUUAUCUCCAUGAUGACAGUGAUUCAUCCGAUGAAGACUGA